AUGGGUCGCAGAAACCGUAAUGUUAAUAAAUUCGCUCAACGUAAGCGAGAACGUAAGGAACAGGCGAAGAAUCCCCAAGAUAAACCUGCAGCCGAUACACGUAAACAUUAUGAAGAUAUUGUAAGAGAAAACGCAACAUUUGAAGAAUAUUAUAAGGCUCAAAAAGUUUGUCCUGAAGAUGAAUGGUCAGAUUUUAUGACAUCCUUAAAAGAAAAUUUACCUACAGCAUUCCGAAUAACUGGUUCUAAGUGUGAGGCUGAUGCAUUGUUGAACAUUGUGAAGAGUGAAUACUUCUCCGAUAUUUUGAAUAUGAAGAUAAAUAAUGAUGAUAAGGAGCAGGAGGAGGAAAUAAAACCUAUUAAUUUGUCAUGGUAUCCAGGGGGCUUAGCCUGGCAACUAAGGUUGUCCCGAACUGAUAUUCGGAGAAGUGAAACAUUGUACAAACUGCACAAUUUUCUGGUGGCAGAAACCGCAGCGGGAGGCGUUUCACGACAAGAAGCAGUCUCAAUGAUACCACCAGUUGUUUUAAAUGUUGAACCCCAUCAUAAGGUACUAGACAUGUGUGCUGCCCCUGGUUCAAAGACAGCUCAGUUAAUAGAGUUUCUACAUGCCGAUGAAGACAAAGUUCCAACUGGCUUUGUGAUGGCGAAUGACGUCGACAACAGCCGCUGCUAUAUGUUGGUGCAUCAGGCCAAGCGUCUGAAUUCACCGUGUAUUCUCAUUACCAACCACGACUCUGCGGUAAUGCCAGCACUCACUGUGACGGAUAAGAAUGAUCCCAAUGGGAGCAAGCCGUUGAAGUUUGACCGGAUUUUGUGCGACGUUCCUUGCUCUGGCGACGCCACUCUACGCAAGAACCCCGAUAUCUGGCUGAAGUGGUCCACGGGAAAUGGAAACAACCUUCACGGCAUUCAGUACCGCGUGCUGAGACGCGGCUGCGAGUUGCUCUCUACCGGCGGCCGGCUGGUCUACUCCACGUGCUCCUUCAACCCGAUCGAGAACGAGGCGGUGGUGCAUCGGCUGCUGCAGGAGAGCGGCGAAGGGAUCGAACUGGUGGACGUCGCGGACAUGCUGCCCGGAUUGAAGUACCACAAGGGAAUGACGCACUGGCGGCCGGCUUCCAAGGACAUGGCGUUCUACGAUAGGUACGAGGAUGUCCCGGAGAAGUGGCAGACGGUGGUGAGGCCGCAGAUGUUCCCGCCGAAGCCCGAAGACCUGGACAAGUACAAGCUGGACAGGUGUAUAAGAAUAUUACCGCACCAUCAAGACACCGGCGGCUUCUUCGUGGCAGUUUUCGAAAAGAAAUCCCAGCUGGCCUGGGAGAAGACCGAAGAGAAGAGGAUAGAUAACGGAGCGGCAGAAGACGCGAAAGAGGAUAAAAAGGAGCCGCCCAAGAAGAAGAGAAGAAUGGGGGGAUACAGGGAGGAUCCAUUUGUGUUCUUCUCCGGCGACGGGGAAGACGUUUUCCCUUCCAUCAAAGAGUUCUACGACCUCAGAGAAAACUUCGACUCCACCUGCCUCUUGACGAGGUGUCACGUUGGCAAAAAGAAGAAUGUGUAUAUGGUAUCGCCAAUAGUGAAGGAUGUCGUACAGAAGAACGAGACUAAAGUGAAAAUAAUUAACACGGGCGUUAAAACGUUUGUCAGAUGCGACAAUAAAAACAUGACGUGCCCCUUUAGAUUAUCACAAGAGGGCCUGUCCAGCAUAUCCCCGUACGUGGGCCCCAAGAGGAGGCUGGAGAUCCUCAAGGAGGACCUGGUGCUGGUGCUGCAGAACGACAACCCCAGUAACCCGCCCGAAAUCAAGCUGUUCUCCGAACACACCCAGAAGCUCGUCAAGGACUUCGCGACCGGCAGUUGCAUCCUUGAAUACCGAGACACGGAAUCGAACCUGAAACUGACGCUGGUGGGUUGGCGGGGAGUGAACUCGCUGCGCGCUUACACCGCCACCCCGGACACUGUGCACUAUCUCAGGCUCUUGGGUGCGGACUAUAGUAAAUAUGACGUAAAUAAAUUUAAGAAGGCCUCGGACGUACCAGAAGAGGUAAACUCUAAGGACGCCGCUGAGACGAGCGAAAUUGAACCUAAUUUGGACGGAAAUAACGGAGAUGCUCCAGAAAAUGAGGCUCCUGACACUUCUAAUACCAAUAAA